AUGUCAAGGCCAACAAUAGAAGAAGGAUAUUUACGUCAUUGUAUGCUAUUUUUGUUCGAUCAAGGAUUGAAGGCAAACGAAGCAGUAAAAAAAAUUAACGACAUUUACGGCGAUGUUCUAAAACUAAACAAGUGUCAUAGAUGGUUUAAAAAGUUUAAAAAUGAAAAUAGGAAUCUCGAAGAUGUUGAACGAAAGGGACGACUUCAAAAAUUAGAUGAUGAGAUCUUGAGGGCGAUGGUGAAUUCAGAUCCUCGUCAAACUAUUAGGGAAUUAUCACUAAAGAUCGGCUGUCCAUGGUCUACAGUUCAGGAUCAUCUUCAUCGCAUAGGAAAAGUGUAUAGGCAAGAAAUUUGGGUUCUUCAUGAAUUGACAGAGACGGCACUCGAUCAACGGCGUACAAUCUGCGCAUCUCUUUUGUCUCGGUAUGAAACCGAUCCGUUUUUGCGACGAAUUGUAUUGGAUCCUCGUCAAACUAUUAGGGAAUUAUCACUAAAGAUCGGCUGUCCAUGGUCUACAGUUCAGGAUCAUCUUCAUCGCAUAGGAAAAGUGUAUAGGCAAGAAAUUUGGGUUCUUCAUGAAUUGACAGAGACGGCACUCGAUCAACGGCGUACAAUCUGCGCAUCUCUUUUGUCUCG